GAAUGAAUAAACUCCAGAGCUAGACGCUUAUCGGGUCCUAGUUCAACAACAAUCAUUCGCUGUUUCGGAUAUCACGUCGAAUACGCGCGUUUUUUUUCUGUCCUAUACUCUUGUUGUGAACGAAAUAUUUUUCAAUUUUUUUUCCAAAAAUAACUUUUAUUUAGUGUACUUUUUGCGCAUGUGUGUUUGUGUCGAAUGCCGGCGAUCUACUCGUAAUUUUUCGAACACGUUCGUCUUGCGUUUAAUGCGUUAAACCGUGUAAAUACCGUCUUCAAAAUUACAUCCCGCCGGCGCCGUAUCAAUGAUUACAUUCCUUCGAGGUAACGCAUUAAUAUGUUCCAGCGUGUGCUAAUGGGCACGAGAGUAGCGACCGUUCAUUUGCCGGAUAAAAAUUUAGCUGGAGUGCCGCAACUGUUGGAAGAUUUACAACGUUUGGCAGAAGACCAUGACUCGGCUGAUAUUUUAUUUCUAGUGGGCAAAGAUGAAUUACCGGUGUACGCUCAUAAAAUUAUACUCAAAGCGAGGUGUAAAAGUUUCCAAACGGUUAAAAGGGGAGAAAUUUGCAAAAUUCCCGGAUGCUCGGUAUCGCCACCUUCCGCGCCUGGAACGCGGACUCCGAUACGAUUACCUCAUUUUCAAGGGGAAACAUUCAGACAAUUUAUUGCCUACGUUUAUACGGGAAAAAUGCUUUUUCAAGAUAGCAGCGUUUUCGAAAUGUUGACCAUUGCUCAGGAUUUAGGUGUUGAAGAGUUACGAAUGAGUUGCGAAGAGCAUAUCACGUCUACGUUGUCUAUUUUAAACGCUUGUAGUUUUUUGGCUGCUGGAAUGGAAAUACAAGAGAGAUCUUCAGGUGGCAAAGGCAUCAAGCAAUUAGUCGAUCGUUGUAUUUCUUACAUUGGUGAAAAUGCAGCCGAAUGCAUGAAAACAAACUCGUUUUUAAAUUUAUACAAAGACGCUUUAGUAAAACUCAUUUCAUCCGACUGCGUAGCUUUGGAAGAAGAAGAUGUCUGGAGAGCGGUGCUGAAUUGGGCAAAAUAUCAAGCCGGGGUAACUCAACCGACCGCUCAUUGGACCGAAGAAGAAAGGGUUAGAGUUGGCCAACAAUUAAACGGCGUGAUUAAUCACGUUAGAUUAUUGUUAAUUGAUUCGCAAGUAUUCGCCGAAGAGGUCGAGCCAACCGGAGUAGUUCCUAUAGAAUUAUCGUUAGAACGUUACAGAUACGCUGCACUGCCAAAUAAAUUCAAAGAACGUUCAGAAGAUAAAAAACUACAACCUCGCAUCUCCCUCAAACUAUUUCCAGCCACCCAGAUACUAGUAAACGAGAGAACCACCUGUCAAAGUAUAUUGAGUCAAUGGUACGGAAACGCUAAACAAACUUGGCGCUUAAUUUAUCGAGCCUCUACGCACGGUUAUUCGGCCGAAUCAUUUCACAGAUAUUGCGACAAUAUUGCUCCUACAUACGUUAUUAUUUUGGGAGACAGAGGCCACGUAGCUGGUGGAUUUAGCGAUGUUGCUUGGGUCAAGAGUAAUUCCAAAGGGCAUUAUUUCCCCUCCGAAAGGGCUUUCUUAUUCUCGCUGAUAAACGCUCAAGGUGCCAUAUGCCCGAUACAAUAUGAAAUAACCAAAAAACCAUACGCUAUUUGUUAUCAUUCGGAUUGUGGACCAAUUUUCGGAGCUGGAGCUGAUUUACUAAUAGCCAGUAAUUGUAACACGAAUAAAGACAGUUAUAGUAACCUACCACAUUCCUAUAAUGGAGAAAAUGCCACAGAUACAGCUUUAAUGGGUGAUUAUAAUUUUUCGGUCAUCGACUACGAAGUAUUCACUCUUUCGUCGACUAAAUAAUUAUUAUUUUAUUCGCUCUGCCUGAUAUUCCUACGCGUAGAUUUCUUGUGAAUUUUACGUGAUAUCAAAAUAAUGAUAAAAUCGAAGCGUUGUAAUUUUUUUAUUACCUAUCUACUGAUGUAAUUAAUUUAAGAUAAAUUUAAAAAGCUGGACGAUGCUUAUAAUUACGUAUAUGAAUUUUCAAGAAAUAUAUUUCGUCGUCAUGUUAAAUGUA